CGACUUGCAUCAGCAGCUCGCAAGCUCAUAGAUCACAUCACGGUCGCGACACAGAGUUUAGGGAUUCUCAAUAUUUUACUGCUGAAGUUCCGCAGUGGUGGAGUCGGAGAACUAGAGUAAGACUGUCAGACAGACGUUGGUUCCAAUGGCAGUUAAACCGAGUGAAAAGGAAGACACUAUGGAGGCGGCAUUGCUGUCGGAGACCCAGAUCAGACACCGGUCUAUGGCAGAGGAGGAUCCUAACGGGAAUGAGCACGGUGCGGCUGCCCGCAGCACGGCGCCUCGGUGGGGACCGCAGCACGCAGGGGCCCGGCAGCUCGCGAAGCUAUAUUCUCCCGGUAAGAGACUUCAGGAGUGGGUCAGUGUGGUUAUGUGCCUCUCGCUCUUGUUCAUCAACUUCUUCUUCCUUCUCUUCAACUUUUCCACCGUGCACAUCUAUAAGAUCCUCAUCGGCAUUGUUCUGGGUAUAGUGACGGCAGACUUUGCCUCUGGGAUGGUCCACUGGGGGGCGGACACCUGGGGGUCUGUGGACAUCCCUGUCCUCGGCAAGGCAUUUAUUCGUCCUUUCAGAGAGCACCACAUCGACCCUACAGCCAUUACCAGGCAUGACUUCAUAGAGACCAACGGAGACAACUGUCUCAUUACCGUGCUUCCACUGGCACACAUGACAUACAAGUUCCUGUCGUACCCGCCAGACGCCCUUGCAGAGACCUACCCGUGGGAGUGUUUUGUAUUUGCACUGGCCGUGUUCCUGACCAUGACCAAUCAGAUCCACAAGUGGUCCCACUCCUACUUUGGCCUGCCACGAUGGGUCACCCUGCUCCAGGACUGUCAUCUGGUGUUGCCACGGAAACACCACCGCAUACACCAUGUCUCGCCCCACGAAACCUACUACUGCAUUACUACAGGGUGGUGUAACUACCCUCUGGACCAGGUUGGGUUCUGGAGGAGGAUGGAGAGAGUGAUAGAGACACUGACCGGCCAGAGACCACGUAGUGAUGACCUGGCCUGGAUGAAGAGGACCGACUGACCUUUGACCUUUGACCCUUACCUGACCUGACCACAACCAGCAAACCCAGGCCCUGACACAGACAACAGUCCUGGACUCUUUCCCAGACAGUAGGCCAGGACCAUGAUCCAGAACCAGACACCCAAACAUGGUCCCAGUCCCCCCACUAGUCCAGAGGGGGGAUUGAACCCCACCCAUGGUGGGGCGGGCAGGGGAGAGAGGAAGAGAUGAAACACCUGCCUACACACGCCUAUUCAUCUUUCUACAAACUCCUGCUCUUCCCAUCACCUCUGUUCACCUCCUUCUGGCUCUGUGGCCUUUUAGAAACACACUCACACGCCAGGGACAGCAACUCUCAACGAGUUUAGCUUCUAGUGUUUAUGAAGUUGAAGAAAAAGAAAAAAGAAAUUGUUGUUCAGGACGUCAUCAUACUGUCACAUCCAGUGUUUUUUCAGGUUGUUUCAUCUGUUAACCUGUAUAUGAGUUACCUGGAGGUUGGGCUCUCCAGUAGGUCAACCAUGUGGCUUCUGAGAUAGCAUCUAACACACACAAUACACACACACACACACACAGUGUCUCUAAAGCAAUCACCCCUUGGACUGGUUUGUAUCUAAGAUGCAUUUAGAGAUCAUGCUGGCCUUUAUUGUUCUAUGGAAACAACCAAACAAUUAGUUUAUAAUAUACAUUACUGAAUUAUCUCAUGCAAUACAGCACUGGUAUUGACUCUUCAAUACCAGACUCUUCCAUGGUCAUGUGACUCACAGCGUUAUAGAGCACUUAGUAUACACUACUGUAAUCAAGUUAUUUUUACCCUCCAAAGAAAACGUGCACUUUACUGACUCACUAUAAAAUGUCUAUUGCAAUGUUACCCGCAAAAAACUGCAAGCUUCAUGACAAAUGUAUCUGCGUACUUAUCUCUCGCUCUGUCUUUUUGCGUGUAGAACUCCCUUCCAAACAGACACACACACACACAUUCUUUAAAGCCUGCAGGAUAUUGACAGCUGGCUAUCAUUGCAUUGUAUCUGAAGGACAGUUGAAUGCAGAUAUACACCCUCUUCAAACAGAUCUCCUAGAUUGUUAUUUGUUUUUUUUGUGUGUGUUUUGUACCAGCAGAUCAGCUUUUGGUUCUCUGUCUGGCUUUAUAAUUUUCUAUUUUUUUAUCAACAGUUCAACCUUGUAUAAUGCUAAUGCUUGCUGCUAGUCUGCCUUCAUGUUUUUAGCAGCUUAAUUGAUUUUUGUUUGUUUGAUUUAAUAAAGAUUUAUUAAUUCCAAAAUGUA